GAUCGUUGUUUCUUCAAUUCAAUGCAGGUUGACGAAGAUGGAGGGAAUGCUCUGUUUCCCUGUUGCUCUCUCGACAGUUCGUUGUUCUUGUCCCAUGCCAUGCGCACCAGGUGUUUGAUUCCUUGCCUAUACCAAAUGUAGAUCGAAACGGCUGGCAUUAGUAGGCUCCGUUGUUGUUGAUGAUGACGAUGCAUAUUAGGCCGUUCUUCUCCAAGUUUAACAUAACUAUCAUAUUAAACCAACAAGCUCGAUCCUAUGCUCGUGACCCUUUUCCCAGUAAAGUUUCCCACUACCUAUACCGUGCCAAACUGAUAGACUCUAUUCGACUCGUUCUUCGGUCCAGUGGCCCCAGUUCACUCCCUUGUCUUCUAAACGAUCGUCUCCUCGAUUCUUUCGUAGUCACUCAGGCUCUUCGUUCUGCCCCGUCUGCUAAUUCUGCCCUAUGUCUUGUGGAAGAGCUAGAAAAAAUUCAAGGCUUUUCACACACCAAGAACACCCUCCAUGCCCUGGCCACUGUGCUCGCCAAGUCACAACGAACUGCAGAACUCAAGUCUCUCAUUGACGCUAUUACUGCUGGGAGAUUUGGUAAAGUACAUGUCAGUUUUAUGAACCUCAUGCAAUGGCAUGCUGCGGCCGGGGAUCUUGAGUCAGUUCUUGAGUUUUGGGAUAAGUAUAGAUGCACUGCCAAUAAGCGUGCCUGCACUGAAUCGUAUAACAUUGUUAUGGCUCUGUAUGCGAAAAAGGGCAUGGACUCUGAGGCAGUAAGGAUUUUCCACAAGAUGCUUGAUGAAGGGGCAAAUCCGAAUUGCAGAACUUAUACAGUUAUGAUCGAGCACCUUGUGAAUUCUGGAAAAGCAUUGGCAGCCAUGGAGGUUUUUAGAGUACUACCUUUAAUACGGAUCAAACGCACAUUGAAACAGUACUCAGUUCUGAUGGAGAGCUUCAUUUAUCUUAAACGGUUUGAGGAGGUCAAAACCUUACUCAAUGAAAUGCAAGUUGAUGGAAUACUGCCUAGUCGAGCCAUGUGUCUGUCACUGCGGCAGAUUGCGGAGGAAGGAUUUCUUAAGGAUGACGACUUCUUUAAAGAAAGUUUCUCAGAUGAAAGAAUCAAGAAUAUAGGAUAUUCUAUUGACAGUGGUGAUGAUGACGAGGAUGAAAACGAGAAUUCAAGCCAUGCUCGUAAAUAUGAGGAUGGAAAACAGUUAAAACCCUGGUUGGACCCACAGGCUUUGGCAAUUGCCUUGCAGAAUUGGGGUCCCAAUGAGGUAUCAGCCCUAGAGGGUGCAAACUUUGUGUGGACAAGAAGGCUGGUAUGCAAGGUCCUUAGGAAUUUCAAAUCCCCAGAAACUGCUUGGAAUUUCUUCUGCUGGGUUGCUUACCAGCCUGGAUUUACUCAUGAUAUAUACACAGUACAAAGAAUCAUGACUCUCCUUGCACGCCAUGGAUGUACAGAAUUGGUUGAUAGGCUCAUAUCCAAGAUCAGAACAGAGGGAAUGAGGAUGCCAUUCAGUACCAUACGGCUGAUAAUUGACUUCUAUGGAAUAUCAAAGAAUGCUGAUGCUGCUAUGAAGGUUUUCAAUGUUGACCGAGAACUUUGUGGGCCCAUGUCAAACUUUCAUUUGAUGCUUCUCUAUUCCUCUCUUCUAAGAGCAUUAACAAAGUGUGGGAGGAACAAUGAUGCCCUGGAAACACUUGACGAGAUGAUUUUGAAUGGAAUUUUCCCAGAUAUUCAGACAUUUUCUGGUCUAAUGCAACAUUUUGCAAACCUUGGAGACAUAAAAACAGUGCAGAAGCUCUUUACAAUGGUUAGACAGAGCGGUUUAGAGCCAGAUGCUUAUCUUUAUAAGGUACUAAUCCAAGGCUAUUGCAAAUCGGAAAGAGCAGCACUGGCAUGGAGGAUAUUUGAAGACAUGAAGUAUUCAGGUUUGAUGCCUGAUUCUGACACUAAAGAAUUGCUUGUGAAGAGCCUUUGGAAAGAAGGGAGAAGGAGGGAAGCGGCUGCAGUGGAGGAGAGUUGUGAGGAAAUAAAUGAGGUCCUUCCACUUGCAUUGCGUGGUCAUGAGUGGUCUGUCAGCUCUGCGGAUCUCACAAGAGUUUAUAAUAUCUAUUCAGAAAGUUUUCUGCUGUCUGGAGGCUAGAGUUAUGGAUAUGUACCCGAGAUGAGUUCGUAGUACUUUUAAACAUAGUGUCAGACAUCUUUUAAAAGGUCAGAGCUAUGCCCAACCUCGCAAACUUGGGAGGAAAGGACGUUGUGGAAGAGAGUUGAAAGGAGAAAAAUGAGGUCUUUCAGCUUGCAUCUAGGAGUGAUAUACGGUCUAUCUCUUGCAUCAGUCAUAGGAGUCAUACUAAUUGUUUGCAUAUUCGUUAUCUCUUGGCGGGAUCUGAGUUUUUACCUAAAUGAACCCUUAUACAAAUAGCACAAUCAAGUUUACUUAGGUUUUAGGAAAAUGAAAUUUUCAGAAUCCGAAAGCCGAAGAAUCUCCAGUUGAUGUAUGGACAUUUGUAUUCAAAGUUGGCAUCCAUCUUU